AUGAGCCUUGAGGAAAGUAUUAAUACAGCCAAGGCUGAUCCAGAAAUAAGAAAAAAAGAAAGUGAGUGUCCUGGCUCUUUUCACAACCUCGUAGGAGGAGUCUCUGAUACCAGAGAGAAAACUGCGAGUGAAAAUGAACAAUACAGCAACAACUUCCCCAAGGAAUCAAGUAGGUCCAUGGAUACUGUACCUUCAUGUGACCAAUGCAGGAAUGCUAUGAAUAGCAAUCUAAUCCCUAGAGUCUGUAUCAAUGAAAUUCGAGAAUCCAGGGACGUGAGUCAAAGAUCCUCAAAACAGACAAACCAGGGACAAUCAUCUGAAGAACACAUCUCCUAA